AUGAACCCUAACGGUGAAAACCUCGUCAGGCUGACCAGAACCCCCGAAAUUGAUGCCGCGCCUCGCUGGUCUCCAGAUGGGAGAAAAAUUGCGUUUGAGUCAGAUCGCGAUGGAAACCCUGAGAUUUAUGUCAUGGAUGCCGAUGGCGAAAAUCCCGUCAGGUUGACCAGAGAACCAGCAAGGGACGUUGUUCCUUGCUGGUCUCCAGAUGGGAGAAAAAUUGUUUUUGCGUCAAACCGCGAUGGAGACCUUGAGGAUCUUGAGAUUUAUGUCAUGAACGCUGAUGGUGAGAAUACCAUCAGAUUGACCAGAGACCCAGCAUGGGAUGGGGCACCUAGCUGGUCUCCAGAUGGGACAAAGAUUGCGUUUGAGUCAGAUCGCGAUGGAAACCCUGAGAUUUAUGUCAUGGAUGCCGAUGGCGAAAAUCCCGUUAGGUUGACCAGGGACUUCGCAAAGGACGGGGCACCCAGUUGGUCUCCAGACGGAACGAAGAUUGUCUUUAGGUCAAACCGCGAUGGAAACCCUGAGAUUUAUGUCAUGGACGCCAGCGGUGAAAAUCCGACCAAUCUCACCCAACACCCGGCAGAAGAUGAAGUGGCUUCGUGGUCCCCAGGUCAAUUGGCAGUUUUUCCGAAGGCAAGGUUACUGACACUAUGGGGGAAAAUAAAAACCACCCAAGGAGAUGGAAGAUAA